UUUGGUGGCAUGAAAGAACUCUAGAUUCUAACACCAUAGCUCCGAUCAUAAAAUGCCUUUAGCAGAAUAGGUGCUGAUGUUUUUGCAUUAGAUAAAACUAUAUCUUUUCAUUAAUGAGUUUUAUUAUCUUUGUAGUAAUACUUUGGCUCAAAAAAUCUAGAAUUUUCUUGUGAAAUCUAAUAGGAAAUCUUUUCCCGUGAUACAAGCUGCUACGUACUAUAAAGUAGUUCAUAACUUGAAGAGUAAAAUAGUAGAGAGAACUUCCACGUCUCCAACUCUCAUCACUUCUUUAAUUUUCUUCUUCAUCUUAGAUUCUUUUAUUCAUUCAAUACUUUGUGGGGAUUGUGUAGACCACCAAAACAAUAAAGCAAUUUCCAUUACAACAACUUUGACUAUCCUUUAUUCUCUGCCUUUCGUCUCUCUUUCCCCUGCCGUGCGGUUCAUUACUGAAAGCAAUAUCUGAUUUCUAAAUCCAACACUUGGAGAUAAACUAAUCCACUAUUUUAUCUUUCCUUUCUCUAUCUGAUUCCUCUUUUAGAAAGGUUUUUAAAAAGUCGAAAGAAAUCGAGAGUCUCACGACUAUUAUUAUUUUAUACCUCAAAUUAUAUUGAAAAAUCUGCACCAACUCCAAAUUCAUUAUUUGUUCAUAAGUUGUGGGCUUUACACAUAUAAGAGUUCGUACUUUAACUAAACCACCCACUAAUUUCUUCUUACGCAAAAACUUUUACUAUAAAAUAUUGAGACGCCUUUCUUUGUAAGUCAACUUUCUUGCUACAUUUUAGACCAUCAAUAUUUCUCUCUCUUUAAAAAUUUGUAUUCAACCCCACCAACAUCAUCGAUCAUGUCAAGUAUGUUGGGUUCACAAGGCUUGGUUUUAGCAACAGCCAUGGCUGUCUCUGCCGGUACCGUCAUUCUACUGGAUCUUUUCCGGGUCAAGUACUCCUCGACCCAUCUUUCCGUUCAACAAGAUCACUCUCCACCUGAAAAUCAGAUUCUCAAAUCUUGUUUAUCUUCAGCUGGAAAGAACAAGGACAGAGCAAAGAAGAAAAAGAAGAGAGUUCAUUUUGCAGCUGAUGUGAAAUCUUCAAGUGGAAAUGGCGAGGAGUACAGAAGAGAACACAUGAGGAAAUAUACAGAAACUCGUAUUAAAUCUUGUGGGAAUGAGAUUGUGGGUAUGCCAGGUAAUAGAUUGGCUUUGUAUACUGGGAUUCUCAAGGAUCGGGUGCAACGCAUGGAAUACUCGUAUUGAUACAAUUGUAUUUUCGUUUAAGUUCGUCUUGUUGCGAUGCGAAACGGAGAAAUAUAAUUAGGGGGAAGAAAAUUUUAGGCUUUCCACUGUAACUUUGUAAAUAAUGGUGUGAAAAGUUGUGUCAUGGUUUUCUGUAGAGUUUUUAGUCAAAAUUGUCCCUCAUCUUUUGGGAUAAGUCUAACUUUGUCCUUUAUCUAUUAACCUGAGCACCUAUAGUCCUUUAAGUUUGUUAAAGUUGAGCGGGUUUAGUUCAUUUAACAAAAGACCCAAAAGGUGACCUAAAAACUAACAGUGGUUUCACUGAGUCAACCGGGUAAAGAAAAUUUCAGUACUCAAAUUUUGCAGAACCGAUGUAGUGAACCAUAAGAAUUCUUUUUUGUGUUAUUUUGUUUCAGAAUUUCUAAACACGAGUAAGGCGAGUUUCCAAAGUAGGCAGGAGCAGUUGUAAAGUAUAUAUACAGCAUAUCCUCAUUGAUAAACUUCACAGGAUAUCGAUUUCAUCGUUAAUCUGGAGAUGCAAAAAAAGUAAUUUUCUUUAGUUCCUUCCUUUGUCCCUCUUCUAUUCUCUUUCAAUCUCAAAACUUAGAAGAAAAAAAUGAUAGAAGGCAAGUUAAAGUUGCUGCUAAAGGCAAAGGCCAUGUAUAGCGGCAAGAAAAGGAAAAGGUGGCUAUGAUGAUGUUAAACAAAUUGGGGAAAAAUGAAAUUGGGAUUUCAAAGAAUAAGAACAGUCCGGUCAAAAUCUCUUUUUCACCCAUUGACGUCAAUGACUCAUGCAUUUUCUGUUUAUAUUAGGAUUAGGACUCUCCAUUUGAUAUUUUUUUAGGUAGACUAAACCUGCUCAACUUUAACAAAAGUUAGACUUACCCCAAAAGAUAUAUAGACAAUUUUGGCUAAAAACUUGUUUUCUGUACAUGAAAUUAGGAACUCUUUUAUAUUUUCUUUGU